AUGGAGUUAGAGUGUGAUUGGAGCUGUGAAACUUCAAAAAUCGUAAGGGACGAAGAUACGGAUGCCAAGCGUAAAACAAUUGAUGUUGAUUCAUAUGGGAGAGAAGAUGUUCCAAAUCCCUCGAAAAUAAGGAAGAAUGUUAAACAAUCAAUGGUUUGGGACCACUUUGAGAGACUUAAAGGUGAUCCUAAUGACCCUCGUGCUAAAUGUAAAUAUUGUGGAGUUGUUUAUGCAUUUCAUUCUAAACGUAAUGGUACUGGAACUAUGAAGCAUCAUUUAGAAAAUUGCAAAAAGUACCCUUACCAAAAAAAGAGAGACCAAACCCAAAUGACAUUAGCUUUUAAACCUAAAGAUAAAGUUGGGGAUAAUUCUUCACAACUUGUAUGUGAGUCAUUUAGUUUAGAGGGUUGUCGGGAAGCUUUGGUUGAGAUGAUAAUAGUUGAUGAAUUGCCCUUUAAGUUUGUGGACGGUAAGGGGUUUAAGAAGUUUGUGGAUAAAUUAACAUGUGGAAAUCAUACUAGAUUUUUUGUUCCAUCUGGAUUUACUGUGGCUAGAGAUGUGCUUAAGCUGUAUGUUAAUGAGAAGAAUCGUUUGAGAGACAUGUUUGUAAAAAAUAAGUAUAGAGUUUCUCUCACCACUGAUUAUUGGACAUCGAGACAAAAUAUUAGUUACAUGGUUCUAACUGCCCAUUUCAUUGAUUCUGAUUGGAAAUUACAUAAAAAAAUACUUCAUUUUUGUCCAAUUGAGAAUCAUAAAGGUGAUACUAUCGGUAAAACCAUUGAAAAGAAUUUUAAGGAUUGGGGCAUUGAGAGGAUAAUGACUUUGACGGUUGAUAAUGCAAGUUCGAGUGGCACUGUUGUUGCUUAUCUUUUAAAGAGAUUCGAAAAAGGAUUAUUGUUUGGUAGGGAAUUUCUGCAUGAUCCGAUAUGCCGUGCGAUUUAUAAGGCUUCUCCUGCUCGUUUUUUGAAAUUUAAAAAGUGUAUUGAACUUGAAAAAAUAGUUUGUAAGAGUUAUGUGUGUCUUGAUGUUCCCACAAGAUGGAACUCCACAUAUAUGAUGAUUGAAGCUGCCGUUAAGUUUGAAAAAGCUUUUGAUAGAUUAGAAGAUGAAAGUGCCUCUUAUAGACAUGAUAUGUCACCGAAUAAGGAAGAUUGGACAAAUGCUAGGAUGCUAAUACGAUUUUUAAAAGUAUUUUAUGAUGUGACAUUGAAGAUUUCGGGAUCUUUGUAUACUACUGUAACGCCCCGAAGUUCGAGCGGGAGUAGACAAGGAUGUAGUACUAGUACAACUGGUACACAAACUGUUUCAGCCUUGGAUGCUAAUAUUGAUUUUGAUUCAAAUGAAAAUGUGGGUGAAGAUUUUGUCUACGACACAAUUGUUGAGGAAUUCGAAGAUGAUGCUACUACACCUUUUGAACAAGGGUCUUCGAAGAUUGAUAUCUAUUUGUUGGAAGCCAAUGUUAGGACCGAAGUUUCUACUGUAGCGUCUGAGUCGGCUUUUAGUACUGGAGGACGUGUUGUUAACUAA